AUGUCCCUCACCCACGUCGACCCCGACGACGUCUUCUUCACCUUUUCCCGCCUGCGGCCCCAGUUCUCCUGCGGCCGGCGCGUGCACGACACGCUCGAGGCCGUGCUGCGCCGCGAUCUCGACCCGCAGGACCUGCCGCCCAUCAGCGUCCUGCGCGACCCGUCCACCGGCCACCUCUUCAGCCUCAACAACCGCCGGCUGUACGUCUUCAAGGCGCUGCGCGCCGCCGGCCGGCUCGACACCGUCGCCGUGCGCGUCCGGCCCGUGCCGCAGACGAAGCGCAUGCGCGACAAGUACUCGGCCGACAGGUGCAGCAAGACGGCCCGCCUCAUGCUCGAGCGCGAGGCCGCUGACAGGCUGGCCGAGGGGGACGAGGCCGAGGGCGUGCAGAGUGAUGCGGGGGAUGAGGAGCAGCAGCGCGAUGGGACCAGGGAGAAGGCAGAGGGUGAGGCGCCGCCGGCACCAACAAAGCCGGCCAAGGCGGCCAGGAACAUGGAUGACUGGACUGAUGAAGAGGACAUUGGAAGAAAGAAGAAGGGCACAAGAGGUAAAAAGGGUCGGUAG